UUUCAAUUUUAGUUUUCUGUGAAAUGGUGAUGUGACUGAUGUGUUUCUAAAAUGGACUAGAUUUUUCUCUAUUUGCAUUUAAAACCUGUGUAUUUUUUGAUUAUCCUGUAAUAAACUACAUGCAUUAUGAUUACGUUAUCUCCCUGACCCCUAGUGAUAUUCGUAGAUUGCAUACUUUGUGAGUUAUUUUGGUAAUCGGUGACAUUUCAGUGAAGUGCCUAAAUUGAUCAUGGAGGCUAUAGCCAAACACGAUUUCACAGCAACUGCUGAUGAUGAGCUCAGUUUUAAGAAGAAUCAGGUUCUUAAGAUACUUAACAUGGAGGACGAUAUGAACUGGUACAGGGCUGAGCUCGAUGGAAGAGAAGGCCUAAUUCCUAGCAACUAUAUACAAAUGAAAAGUCACAGUUGGUACUAUGGAAGAAUCACAAGGGCAGAUGCAGAGAAAUUGUUAACAAAUAAACCAGAAGGAGGCUUCUUGAUUAGGAUCAGUGAAUCAAGCCCUGGUGACUUCUCCCUAUCUGUAAAAUGUCCAGAUGGCGUGCAACAUUUCAAGGUGCUCCGGGACGCGUCUAGCAAGUUCUUCCUGUGGGUGGUCAAGUUCAAUUCGUUAAACGAGCUGGUGGACUACCAUCGCACUGCGUCAGUCAGUCGUCUGCAGGAUGUCAAGCUUAGAGAUGUUGUGCCUGAAGAGAUGCUGGUGCAGGCGCUGUAUGACUUCACGCCUCAGGAAGCGGGCGAGCUCGAGUUCAGACGCGGUGACGUCAUCACCGUCACAGACCGCUCCGAUCAACAUUGGUGGCAGGGUGAGAUCGCGCACCGCCGCGGCCUGUUCCCGGCGUCGUACGUGACCGCGUACCACUCGUAGUGCGCCUACUUGCCUCUCUGCGUGUGUGUGUGCCCACUGUCCUCACCCUAUCACAAGAGGAAACGUUGUAGUUUCUCGGCUCUGUCUACCCGGCUGAUGUCGUAAUGCCAGAGAUUAGGCGGUUAUUACACCUUUCGCAGUUUCAAUCCGGAUUUUUUUUACUAUUACGAGAACGAGAAAGAAUAUUCGAACAGAUGGUUUCGAAAAUCAAUAUCAGAUAUUUUUCCGUAUAACGACGAGAAAUAACGGCGAUACGAGGCAAUUAUACCAAAACCAAUUGUAUCACAGAUACGCAAAGACGCAUACUUUUAACAACAUAGCUACCACUGCCAUUCAUUCUAAUUUUCAAAACGGAAACCUUCCAAAUCUAAGCAUAAAUUGUUUACAUUAUGUUUGGUUUGGUGUUACACUAAAGAAUAAAAGUGUUUAUUCGUUAGUGUAACACCAAUAUAAAAAUAUUUGUUUAGUAAAAUGGUGUAAUAAUCGUUUGACAUUUACGACGUCAGUAUAGUGCACCAAUUUGAUUAAUAUCCCGCCCGGCCGUUUGUGGUUUUAUUUAACCAUUGACAAGUAAAUGGUGCUUCAUUUCUUAAAGCAAUCUUGGAUGCGUGCAGACAUAUACAGAAUAUAUUUUAUGAGUAAGUAUUCCGUGAGUUGAAAUAUCCUUCGUGUGAUGUUAGUACAAAAUCGUUUACGUGCCGUUGCUCGCGUUAUAAACCUGACGAAUUUAAUAUCCCCCGUUUAGAUGCAAUCGUGACAAUUUGCAGGACGAAACAAUCAUUUGUCCUCAAUUACGUGCCAGAAUGUUAUUUGUAGUUUUUUGAAUUAUAUUUUUAAGUAAUAAAAGGUGAACGGGAUCAAAGCAGUAUUUGCUGAAAUUCCCCACAACAAGUAUAGAUUUUUUUAUUGAUGUGAUUUUGAUAGUACGCCAAUUAUUUAUCCUUUUUAGUCUAUAAUGCUCAUUUUUAAAUAUUUACCAUUUACAUGUUAGUUAAGUAAUAGUUUUAAGUUGGUUUUACAUUACAUAUUUCUAUCUUUUUUUUUAUAAAUGAAAGUAUAAUCUGGUACCUUAGUCACGUAGGAUUUAAAGUGUAGCGUCCUUCAAAAGCUUGUCUCUCGAUUAGACAAAGGUUCGACGGCUAGUUUGUUACGCACAAUAGUAAGGACCAUCCGGCUAAGACAGCAUUACGAAAUUUCCAAUGAUUAAAAAAUCCGCAAAAUAUUUUAUCCUGCAAAUUAGCGAAUUGAUAAUGCAAUGCGGCCUUAGCCGACAUUACGUUUAUGCGAUUAUUAUCGGUUUUAUAUACAGACGAUGACCGUGUAGUUAAUAUCCAUCGGGAGAGCUAUUUGACUAUGAACAGCGAGAAUUUUAACAAUGACUUCAAUUAAUAUAAUGUAACAACAUGCUUCUAUAGCUUUUGAUGUGUUUUGAUUUUGGUGCAGUUGUUACCAUUUUAGCAUUUUACAAAUUAAUUCAAAAAUGUCUAAAAUGUUUAACGUAAAAUAAUUGAAUAUUUUAAGUAAGAGACGAGAUGAUGGUAGCGACUACCGCCGCUAAAGACGGGGACACACUAUGAAACGCAAAUGUGACGAAAUCAUGGUUUUUGUUUCCCAUAUCACGGGGGAAUUUACACUUACACAUGUCCUAAUAUGGCAUCAAUGCAAUUUCGCCACACCUGCAUUUCAUAGCGUAGUCUGUCGAAUAGAAUAAUGGACUAUGUCGAAAAAUAAAUUCAUCGAUUGUGGCACGCAUCGGUGUCGGUACUUAGUUAGCGUUAACAUUUAGUCAAGACUUGAAAUUAAAUCGAGUGCUCGUUGACCCAAUGUAGAUAUUUAUUUUUGUUAUUGUAUUGUGCCCAAAAUUAAUAUUUAUGGAAAAAUAAUGAUAGAAUUUUAUUCGUAAAAUGUAUGGAUACGCCAAUCAUAAGCCGUAGGAACGACGUCAUUAUGGUAGGUGUUCGAUCUUCUUUGUUUAGUAAAUUCCAUCGACCGAUGUGCAAGGCAUUUAGCUGUGUUUAGGGUAAGUCCGAUGCAACUCGUUAGCGUGUUGCGAUGAUGAAACCAGAAUGUUGUAGAGCUAAAGUCUCUCGAAGUGUAUAAAUAAAGCUGAGAUUGUUUUGGCUCUAAUUCUCUCGGACUAAAUAAUAUCGAAGUAUGCAAUUUGAACGACAAUGUCCAUAAUAUGUGCUUCUCGCUGUAGUGACUAGUAAGUGCAUGAAAGCAAGUUUUAAGAAAUCGGAAGUGCUAUAAUCUAUUAUAAUCGAAUAUUUAAAUAAUUAAGUUAUGAUUCUCCAAUAUUGUGGAAGAUGUAUAAUAUUUUUUACUAAUAAAUUUAAUAUUG